UUGUUCUUGGCGGUAGCCAUAUUGAUUUGUUCCUCCUGUUGUGUGUGAUCUAUCCAGUCAGAAUAGAAUAACGUUCAUUUGUUGUGAUUGUAAUUUAGAUUUAAUUGAUUGAACAAUCAUUGGUUGAAUAGCCGGGUGAUAAUAUUUGUUUAGAACCGCUAGUUACCCGAUUAUUAUUGUUCUGAUUUCGACGGGAUAGGGCGCGUGUCUAAAGUCACGGAACACUAUUCUUCUACAUCCAAACCUUAGUUUGGAUCCUACAGUUCUAAACAUGUAUUACUUGGCCGAAAUCCUUUGGUAAUCGUUUACGGAUUUUCUGGAAAUAUUUAUUCGUGUCGCUUAUAAUGCCAGUUAAUCGUCGAAGGAGAUCAGGCUCAAAGUUCGUCGAUGUUAACGAAGAAACCCCUUUUGUCAAGACAACAGAAAGUGAAUGUAUUAGAAGAAGAAGAACAAAGCUUGCGCAAACUAAACCUGCUGGAUGAUGAGCAAAACUAUUUUGUAACAAACUUCUCUUUUUGUACAAAAACCGCGUAUUUCAAUUUCUAAUAUAUCUCUGUUGUGCUCGCACGCUGUGUUCUCACUUGAGUGGCAUCUGCCAGUCCUGACUGGUGUGUUGUGUUUCAGAUUGCUCCUGCCUCCAGGUAAGCGCUAAGAAUACGUGUUACAAGUGGUGGCGGAGAUGGGAUGUCAAAACAUGAUGAACCCCCAGCCAUCUCUGGCAAAUUAACAGUCAACACAACCCUUCACCAACCGCCACUGUUUGGCGUCUCAUCAGACCAUGACAUCUGGAAAAUUAGAGUAAUGACGUGCCUACGUCGCGUUCAACUUCGGAACACUUCGACUACCUUCUGUCCUACUUAGAUGACGAAGCAGCGAAACGAGCAACAGCUAACGGCUUUACUACGUGCAAUUCACCAUCUCAAAAUUGGAAGAUUUUAGAUGAAUGUUUUUCGUUGAAGGUGGAUACCCAGCAGUCAGCCAUCCAAUUUUUGUCUCGCCACCAGAAACCUCAUGAAAGCCCCAUGGACUAUCUUCACUCAUUACAGCAGAUAGCAACCCAGGCAUUCCCUAGCCUGGACAUCUUGGGGCGAGAAGAAAUUACACGCUCCCGUUUUAUUGAAGGACUGCUGCCAGGUGCACUGCGAGAACAUCUACUUUGAGUGCCACCGGCUGACACAGCCGACUUGAAACGAACGGCACUUCGAUUUUUGACUGCUGAAAGACUGUCAGUUCCAUUGGCGACCUACUGACCAACCGUGAUGACUAUCGAUGAAGCCAUCGAACCUAAUCGACAAGAUAGCUUCCAAAGUGCCGCGGCUAUUAGAGAGUUUUUUGACCGAAAUAGUAGACGAGGGCAGCCGACUUCCACAUGGAACGGACGGUCGUCAAGGGACAACUAUCGAGACCAGCAAACAGAAUGCUUCUACUGCAGACGUUUCGGCAAAAAUGUCAAAAAAUGCAGGCACAACCGCGUGAAAAACAGAGGACAACAGAAAGUGAAUGUAUUAGAAGAAGAAGAACAAAGCUUGCGCAAACGAAACCUGCUGGAUGAUGAGUAAAACUAUUUUGUAACAAACUUCUCUUUUUGUACAAAAACCGCGUAUUUCAAUUUCUAAUAUAUCUCUGUUGUGCUCGCACGCUGUGUUCUCACUUGAGUGGCAUCUGCCAGUCCUGACUGUUGUGUUGUGUUUCAGAUUGCUCCUGCCUCCAGGUAAGCGCUAAGAAUACGUGUUACAUUUGGUUUGGUAUUUUGGUGCUGUCUUUGUCUUUGGUUUGGUAUUUGGGAGUUUUGCUCCGGAAACCUACAAAAUUGAAGGUUUGUUUUGUAGUUGUUAUGAUUAUUGUUG